AAGCACGCAGGAAGCGGAAGUCAGGGGAGGAAGUUUGGACUGUGGGAACGUACUAAUUUUACUUGGAAGAUGAACGUCCUUAGUGUCCUCAUGGCAGGAGGGAGGUGGAGAUGUUUUCUAAUUCCAUCACGGUCGUCCGUUUUCCGGGCACUACAUAAUUCCUNCUGUCAGAAAAAAUCCACUGCACCUAAGAAAAUUAUUUCCAAUGUUGCUUUUUGUAAUGAAAAUACAAAGAAAUCUGGAAAUGAACUUGACAAGCUCUUCUCUUCAGAACAGCAGGCUUCCAUCUUGCACGUGUUGAAUACAGCAUCUGAUAAAGAACUUGAAGCUUUCAAAUUGCUUCGUGGGAGAAAGUCCAUCAAUAUUGUAGAGCACAGAGAAAAGUUUGGGCCAUUUCAGAAUUUGGAGAGUUUAAUGAAUGUGCCCUUGUUCCAGUAUAAAACUACCAUUCAAGUUUGUAACUCCAUUCUUUGUCCAGAGACUGGAGGGAAAAAAAGAAAGUCGCAGGAAAACCGGCUCUUGAGAAAGCUCAUCAAACCGGAAAUAGGAAGAGAGAGACUUAAGGCAGUUAAUAGUAUCGUAUCCAUUGUUUUUGGUACUCGAAGAAUUGCCUGGGCUCACCUUGAUCGUAAAUUGGUAGUGCUAGACUGGAAGCAAAAUGAAUGUUGCCCGUUGAUGAAAGGAACAUACUUAUCUUCUGUCUACUUAGAAGAGAUUUCUUCAGUCAUUUCAAAGAUACCUAAAGCAGACUUUUAUGUUCUGGAAAAAACAGGACUUUCAAUUCAGAACUCUUCUUUGUUUCCGAUACUAUUACAUUUGCAUACCAUAGAAGCCAUGCUUUAUGCCUUAUUAAACAAAACUUUUGCCCAGGAUGGCCAACAUCAGGUGCUGAGCAUGAACCGAAAUGCAGUGGGGAAGCACUUUGAACUAAUGGUUGGUGACACCCGGACUAGUGGAAAAGAACUAGUGAAGCAGUUUCUCUCAGAGUCUGUACUGAAAGAAGAGCCUCGGGUAUUCUUCCCAACAGAUAAGAUAGUCCACUACAGACAGAUGUUUUCGUCUACUGAACAAUACAGAAUAGAAGAGUUAUAUGAUUCAUUAUUACAAGCUGUUGCCUUCUAUGAAUUAGCAGUGUUUGACACUCAACCUUAAAAUUCUGAUGAUAUAUAAUGUUUUAAUGUUAAAUUAUAUUUAUUAGCUUUAAAGUUGCAAAAACCAACUGUGUAGAACAUCCAUAUUAAUGGAGAAGAAAACAUGUUUUGUAGACGUUUAAAGUCAGACUUUUGGCUCUUCAGUGGUUUACACAAUAAGCCAAGGCCAAAUCAAUAAUUAUGAGAUUCUAUGCCUUUAUAGUUUUAAGUGUUAAAUAAUAAGAUAGCCCCUAAACAGCCAAAACGAGAAACAAAGUUAUCUUUAAAAGCAAAUACCAUCUAUACUAAAGAAUUUGCUGAAAUAGAGAAUGAGUUUUUCUGAGUGGUGCUCAUUGUGGGAAUAAAGUUAAAUAUAACUGAUAA